CUGUCGAAAAUGGGGAAGAUCAUAUUCUAUGAAAACAAGAAUUUUGAGGGUCAUCAGUAUGAAUGCAGUGGGGAUUGUGCAGAUAUGCUCUGCUAUCUUGGCUGCUGUAACUCCAUCAUAGUGGAGAGUGGAUGCUUUAUGAUCUAUGAACAACCACAUUACAAAGGCCAGCCAUUCUUGGUCCGUAAAGGGGAGUACCCAAACUUUGAAAGUUGGUUAGGCAAAAAUGACUGUGUCUGCUCCUGCCGUGAAAUUCCCAUGACACAGGGAUCUUCUCAUGAGGUGAAACUGUUUGAGAGAAUGGAGUAUGGAGGUCAAAUGAUGGCUCUAGUGGAGGACUGUCCAAAUGUCAUGAACAUGUUCCAGACAAACCACAUAUUCUCCUGCAAGGUGAUUGGUGGAAACUGGCUCUUCUUUGAACAGUCCAACUACAAAGGCAGGAUGUACCUCAUAAGGCCUGGAGAAUACACAAGAUUCACUGAAUGGGGAGGCUCGAAUGCCUGUGUGGGUUCCAUCAAACGAAUCAACGAAAACUAGAACUAACAUUCAUGCAGGCUGCUUAGCAGUCAGACUGAAGCUUCUGCAAGCAGGACGGGAUGGGGCAUUUUGAUGAAUAUGGAAAAACUGCACCAGGGCCAAGCCAAACAUAAUCAGAUUGUUUCAUACCCCCCCGAUUCUACCCCCUAUUACUUUCUCCCCGGGCUAGAUUUAUUUGAAUGACAAUACUUUAUGCUGUGCAAUCAGAGAGCAGC